CGGGAGCCGGCGGCCCCUGGUCAGUGCCGCCCGCGGCGGGCGCUCCCGGCAGCCGCUCCCGCCAUGCCGCCCAAGCCCCCGCGCAGGGCGGCCUCCGCCCGGACGCAACGCCCCAGCCCCGACGGCGGCUCCGCGCCGCCCGCCGCCCCCCGGGUCGAGGUGGGCGAAGCGGACUUCGUCGUGCUCUGUGAUGCGCUGAAGGUGUCGGAGAGCGUGAGGGAGAAAGCGUGGAAGACGUACGAGAGCUUGUCGGCAGCGGACGGAGCUCUGGCUUGCAACACAAAGAAAAAGGAAACAUGGGGUGUAUGUAUCUUUAUUGUAGCAAUUGAUCUGGAUGAAGUGACAUUUACUUUCACUGAGCUUUUGAAAAGUAUAAAAAUGAGUGUAUGCACAUUUUUUCAGUUUCUGAAAGAGGUGGAUGUUAACAUGGAUACUGUAAGCACUAAAGUUGAUAGCACUGUAUCAAGGCUGAAAAAGAAAUACGAUGUAUUAUUUGCACUAUACCACAAGUUUGAAAGGACUUGUGGCCUUAUUUAUCUGGAACAACCUAGUAGUGAGAUUUCUGCUGAACUCAGUUCUGUAUUAGUCCUAAAAAAUUACUGGAUUACUUUUUUGCUGGCAAAAGGUAAAGUGUUGCAAGUGGAAGAUGACCUGGUGAUUUCUUUCCAGUUGUUGCUGUGUGUCUUAGAUUAUUUUAUCAAACUGUCACCUCCUGCUAUGCUCAAGGAACCGUACAAGUCUUCUGUGCCUGCAGUGACUGUGAAUGGUUCAGCUCGCACUCCGAGGAGAGGUCAGAGCAGGAGUUCACGCACUGCCAAGCAGCUUGAUACCGACACAAAAAUUAUUGAAAUCCUUUGUAAAGAGCACGAUUGUAAUUUAGAUGAGGUCAAAAAUGUGUAUUUCACAAGCUUCAUUCCUUUCUUGAAUUCUGCUGGUAUUGUAGCUUCCAAUGGACUGCCGGAGGUUGAAGUUAUCUUGAAACAGUAUGACGAGCUCUAUCUCAAGAACAAAGAUAUAGACGCGAGACUGUUCCUGAAUCAUGAUGAGACUCUGCAGCCUGCUGUCAUUGCAUGCUCACAGUUGGAGAGGACACCACUAAAAAACAAUGCAGAUGAGGAAAUCAAUAUUAUACUUCCACAGACUCCUGUUCGAGCGGCAAUGAAUAACAUUCAGCAGUUGAUUAUGAUUUUAAACUCAGCAACUGAUAAACCAUCAGAUACUCUCAUCAAGUACUUCAAUAAUUGCACAGUGAACCCUAAGGAUAGUAUCCUGAAAAGAGUGGAAAGUUUUGAACACAUCUUCAGAAAGAAAUUUGCUGAAGCAGUUGGACAGGGAUGGGCUGAAAUUGGCUCACAGAGGUACAAGCUUGGAGUGCGUCUCUAUUACAGAGUAAUGGAGUCCAUGCUGAAGUCGGAGGAAGAGCGCCUCUCGGUGCAAAAUUUCAGCAAACUUCUGAAUGAUAACAUCUUCCACACAUCUCUUCUGGCAUGUGCUGUUGAGGUUGUCAUGGCUACAUAUGGCAGAAAUGCUUCACAAGGUGACAGUACCAGUGCUGAAACAGAUUUGUCUUUCCCAUGGAUUCUCAAUGUAUUUGAUUUAAAAGCUUUUGACUUCUACAAGGUGAUUGAAAGCUUUAUUAGAGCAGAACCCAACCUAACACGGGAAAUGAUAAAGCAUCUAGAGCACUGUGAACAUCGAAUUAUGGAGUCUCUCGCUUGGCAAUCUGGGUCGCCUCUGUUUGAUCUUCUCAAGCAGUCAAAAGAGCGAGAAGGCCAAGCUGACCAGCCUGAACCCACUGCUACUCCCAAUACACCUUUCCAGCAUAACCACACUGCUGCAGACCUCUAUCUUUCUCCUGUGAAAUCUCCUAAGAAGAAGGCAUCUGGACCUCCUCUAAGUGCUACUCCCCCUCCAGAUGUUCCACCUGCUGUGGCCCCCCAAACACCGCAGAAACCGCAGAAAUCUACCUCCCUCUCUCUGUUCUACAAGAAAGUGUAUCUACUGGCCUAUCGUCGACUCCAUACCCUGUUCCUUCACCUUCUCGCCGACCAUCCUGACCUGGAACCCUUGAUCUGGACCCUCUUCCAGCACACACUGCAAAAUGAGUAUGAACUAAUGAGAGACAGGCACCUGGACCAGAUCAUGAUGUGUUCCAUGUAUGGCAUAUGCAAAGUAAAGAAUGUAGAUCUUCGAUUUAAAAUGAUAGUUUCAGCAUACAAGGAGCUUUGCAACACAAAUCAAGAGACUUUCAAACGUGUUCUUAUCCGAGAAGAACAAUAUGACUCCAUCAUAGUCUUUUACAACUUAGUGUUCAUGCAGAGGCUGAAAACAAACAUUUUGCAGUAUGCUUCCAGCAGGCCUCCCACUCUGUCACCAAUCCCACACAUUCCUCGCAGUCCUUACCAGUUCUCCAACUCUCCUCGGCGUGUCCCUGCUGGCAAUAACAUCUACAUCUCACCUCUCAAGAGUCCAUACAAAUUCUCUGAUGGGUUUCAGUCACCCACAAAGAUGACUCCAAAAUCUAGAAUUUUGGUGUCCAUUGGAGAAUCAUUUGGGGCUUCUGAAAAGUUCCAAAAAAUCAACCAGAUGUUGUGCAACAGUGAGGGGCAGCUGAAGCGCAGUGCAGACGUGGGAGCCGCUGCCCCGAAGCCACUGAAGAGGCUGCGCUUCGAUAUCGAGGGGACGGACGAGGCAGAUGGAAGCAAACACCUACCCCAGGAGUCCAAGUUCCAACAAAAGCUUGCAGAAAUGACAUCUACUCGAACAAGAAUGCAAAAGCAGAAGCUGAAUGAUGGAAAUGAUACCUCAGCUACUGAAGAUAAGUGAGAUUCUUCUCAGGACCAGGGGCUGCACUCCCAGCCCUCUUAAGAUUGUUUUUGUUUUACAGCCUUCAUUAAUAGACUUGCUUUUUAGUUGCUUUCAGUUCCAAACUGCUAGUUGAAAACAUUUUACUUUUUAAAUUGUUAAAUGUUUUCCAUUAUACUUUGCCUUAUGAUGUAGCAUAUAUACAAUGUAAGCCACUGAAUUUAAUUUAUAUAUUUUUUGAGGAUUUUUUAAAAGUCUUGGGAAGUGUCUGAAUUUCCUGUUGCAGCAUUACUGAUUUAAGCCAGUUCAGUCUCGUUGGAUUGAAUUUUUUAUGUCUAAAGAUGAAAUGUUAGCUAGAAUGAUUUUGAAAUGCACUAAUUUUGUUUCUUAGCUUUGAUUAUUAGAUUUGCAUUAUUUACAAAUUUUGAAAAUGGUGGGCCAAUUACUGCAAAGACUUCCUGUCUCUGUUCAUAAUUAGCACAUCAAAUUCCCAUUAAAUUUAAUGGGACAGCAGCUGGGGGCCUUGCAGAGAAGGGGCCUCACCUCAAGAGUACAACCUGAAUUCAAAGUGAAAUCAUUUCAUAGCCUUACUACUGAAACCAACACUUGGCAUUUUGUAGUUUUGCUUCCCCAGCUCCCACCCCAGUGUUAUUUUGGAAGGCAGUUACACUGUCCCUUAGUUUUAAUUUCAUGGAGUAUGAAUCCCAUAGAGAUUCAUCCCAGAAUCCCACACUGAAACUUCCCAGAAGCUGAAGCUUCCUCCCAUAUGCAGAGUAAUUGACGUACCCUUUCUUAUCUUGGGAAAUCUCAAGUAUUACAAGAAAAAAACAAAACAAAAACCCCCCCAAAAAACCCCCAAAAACCAACAAACCUAAACCAUACCUGGUACACACAAGAUUUCAAAAUUCUAAAGAUGUAGAAUUUUCUUGAUUUCUUCAAAUUUUCACCUCACUGUAGCCAAGCCAAAGAGCUUGAGGAACAGCUGGAAGCUGUGUCUCCAGCUGGGUUCCAGGUGAGAGCAGCCUGGUCUCUAAAAGCACAGGGCAUCCCCUGUUGGCCUUUCUGCAGCAUCUGCAAAAACCUGGACGUGGUGAACCCACGUUGGGAAAACCCUUCUGCCUUUGCUGAAAAGGCAGAUAAUUGGGCAACUUGUCAAUGGUUGCAACUAGCAAAAAAACCCAAACAAAACCAUCCAAUACUUUUUUCAUAUUUUGUAUUUGUAAGUUACUGAUUCAGAUACUGGAACUUUUCUUGCAACAAGAAAGUUUUUUUAAAAUAGCCAAUUAACAAAAGCACAUGUUUUAUUUCCAGUGGAUUAAAAUAUAAGUAAAUCAAUUGUCCUGCUUCGAAAUUACCCAUUUUUAUGAAUUUUAGCUUUUGCAGCUUCUUAAGUCAAGAACAAUAAAAAAGCAUGCUAUUAAUGGCACAAACAUUUUAAACCAAUGUCUUCCAGGGAGCUUAUUUACAGAUUGUUUAGCUGAUCCUAGAGUACUUAGAGUAGGAAGUUUUUCAAAGUUCUUGUGUUGAUUCAAAGCUAACCAUAGAACUACUAAAAAUUCUAUGAGCAGCAAAAACUGUAAAUUAAUUUAAAAAUAAUAUUGAGGGGUGUUUUAGACUCAGUAUGGCUCCAACUUCCUUAUUGAAAAUGUACAGAACUUUCUAGAGUACCUUAUGUUUAUUUUCUCACUUUCUGCAGUUUUUCAGACAGGAUAUAUGUUAACAUUGGGGUGCACUGACUGUAAGCUCUGUUACAGCAGUCCUUGGGCUGGAGGGAUGAUACAGAGUCCAGUAUCUACACAGAUUCAUUCUUUCUUUACUGUGACAGUUUUUUUUUUUUUUGUUCAAACAGACUGAAGGCUUUACAUCAAAUGUACAAUAUUAUUUUAUACAACUAAUCAGUUUCUUGCCUUUCAAGAUAAAUAAAAUAGCUUUUAAAGGAUUUACAGUCAGUGAUUUUCUUGUAUUAGGUGAUUUCAUAUGGUACCUAUCCAAAUAAAUACAUACUGAAACUAA